CAGAUGCACAAUCAUACGAAGAUAAAAGGUGUAGAUGUGUUUGUCCAAGUACAAAAUCAGUCUUGAACAAUACACAAGGUACAGAUCGAAAAUUAUACAUUAGCAAUGUUCCUCCAAAUAUGUGCAAUUGUGAUGGCGUAAUAUUACCUAGAAUUGGAGAUGAAAUUAAAGGAAAAGAACAAGAGUUUUGUCCAAGAUGUGAAUGUAAAUAUGAGACUAGAAAUACAACAGUUAUUCGGUUUGUGGUGAUUAUGGUGAUUUGGAUAAUAUCGUUGCUAGUAGUAUACAUGCUGUUCUUAAUUUGCCUCGACCCAUUAUUAAAUAAACGAGCAAAAGCUAAUUAUCAAGAGCACACAAACGAAGAAGAUGAGACUGCAACCACAAAUAAUUUGAAUUCUCAUCAAAUGGGUGUGCGAGGAAAUGUUUUAAAUCGUGUAACACAUCAACAAGAUAAAUGGAAAAGACAAGUUAGAGAGCAGAGGAGAAAUAUUUAUGAUAGGCAUACUAUGUUAAAUUAG